UGCGGGCAGGUUCCGCAGCCGUCUUCGCCGCCUCCGCCUCUCCUGCCACCGGGGUUUGUAUGAAAACACCGGGUGCGCGCCGCGAGAGAUCCGCCGUGCGCCUCAGCAGCUGCUGGCGCCCAGCCCGGUGCGGUGGUUCUGCGCAGCCCCCGCCAGCGCCCAUGCCGAGCCGAUUAUCUGCAAUGGUGAAAUGAAGUAACUCAAGAUGAGCAAGUUAAAAGUGGUAGCAGAAAAAGGCCUUACCAAUAAUUCUCGGAUUGUGGCACUCCUGGCUCAGUUAGAGAAGACCAAUGCUGAUGCUCCAGAAUCAGAUACUGCCAGAUAUGUUACAUCAAAAAUUCUUCAUUUGACUCAAAGUCAAGAAAAAACACGGAGAGAAAUGACAACCAAAGGUUCUACAGGAGUGGAAGUUCUGUUGUCAACAUUAGAGAAUACGAAAGAUCUUCAAACUAUACUUAAUAUCUUAAGCAUUCUUAUUGAGCUGGUGUCAUCUGGUGGAGGUCGAAGAGCAAGUUUCUUAGUUGCCAAAGGUGGUUCACAAAUAUUGUUACAACUACUUACGAAUGCCAGCAAAGAAUCUUCCCCGUGUGAGGAAUUAAUGGUACAGACUCAUUCCAUUCUUGCAAAGAUUGGACCAAAAGAUAAAAAAUUUGGAGUGAAAGCUAGAAUUAAUGGGGCUCUGAAUAUAACUCUGAACUUGGUCAAGCAGCACUUGCAGAACCACCGCUUAGUUCUGCCUUGUCUUCAGCUUUUACGAGUGUAUUCUACCAACUCUGUGAAUUCAGUAUCUCUAGGUAAAAAUGGAGUCGUGGAGCUGAUGUUUAAAAUCAUUGGACCAUUUAGUAAGAAGAAUUUGGGUCUUAUGAAGGUUGCUUUAGACACUCUUGCUGCAUUGCUAAAAUCAAAAACAAAUGCCAGGAGAGCUGUAGACAGAGGAUAUGUUCAAGUGCUGUUAACGAUUUAUGUAGAUUGGCACCGCCAUGAUAAUCGGCAUAGAAACAUGCUCAUCCGGAAAGGCAUUUUACAGAGCUUAAAAAGUGUUACAAACAUCAAGUUGGGAAGAAAAGCAUUUAUUGAUGCUAAUGGGAUGAAAAUUCUAUAUAACACUUCACAAGAAUGCUUGGCAGUUAGGACUCUUGAUUCUCUUGUCAACACUUCUAGUUUGAUAAUGAGAAAGUGUUUUCCCAAAAAUCGCCUGCCACUCCCAACCAUUAAAAGUUCUUUCCACUUUGAGUUGCCGGUUAUCCCUGUGACUGGUCCUGUGGCCCAGCUCUACAGCUUACCCCCUGAAGUGGAUGACGUAGUAGAUGAAAGCGAUGACAACGAUGAUAUUGAUUUAGAAGCCGAAAAUGAAGCCGAGAAUGAAGAUGACCUAGAUCAAAAUUUUAAGAAUGAUGAUAUUGAAACAGAUAUUAACAAAUUAAAACCCCAACGUGUACCAGGACGAACAUUAGAAGAACUAAAAAUGUAUGAACACCUCUUUCCUGAGCUUGUUGAUGAUUUUCAGGACUACGAAUUAAUCUCAAAAGAACCAAAGCCUUUUGUGUUUGAGGGAAAAGUACGUGGCCCCAUUGUUGUUCCCACAGCUGGAGAGGAAGCAUCUGGGAAUUCAGGUAGCUUUAAAAAAGGAGCUGUAAUGAAGGAAAAAGUAUCUCCCAAAGGAGAUGAAGCAAAAGAAGAUGGGAAGGAUAAUGACAGGACAAUACCACAGCAGCUAGGUGGUCAAAAUAGAACUCCUUCAACCCAGGGCUUAAACACUGAUAUUGUGAAGGCCUUGGACAGAAUCACAUUGCAGAAUAUGCCUUCUCAGAUAGCCUUGGGCUUGACUGCAGGAAUGAGGAAGGACUGUGGUCUCCCUCUCACUGUUCUCACCUGCACAAAAACGUGUCCACACCUGGCUGCUUGUGGAAAUACUCUGUUUGAAGGACGGACAGUGCAGCUAGGGAAGCUGUGUUGUACUGGGGUUGAAGCUGAAGAUGAUGAAGAUACGGAGUCAACCUCAUCAGUAGAACAAGCAUCUAUUGAUGUACCUGAUGGACCAACACUCCAUGACCCUGACCUCUAUAUUGAGAUUGUGAAAAAUACAAAGUCUGUUCCAGAAUAUUCAGAAGUGGCUUAUCCUGAUUACUUCGGUCACCUUCCACCUCCAUUCAAAGAGCCCAUUUUAGAAAGACCUUAUGGUGUGCAAAGGACAAAAAUUGCCCAAGAUAUUGAGAGACUGAUACAUCAGAGUGAUAUCAUAGAUCGAGUGGUAUAUGACUUAGAUAACCCAAAUUACACUACUCCAGAAGAAGGAGAUAUUUUGAAGUUUAACUCAAAAUUUGAAUCCGGAAAUCUGCGCAAAGUAAUUCAAAUUAGAAAAAAUGAAUACGAUCUUAUUCUGAAUUCAGAUAUAAACAGCAACCAUUAUCAUCAGUGGUUUUACUUUGAAGUCAGUGGAAUGAGGCCAGGUGUUGCUUAUAGGUUUAACAUCAUUAACUGUGAGAAGUCCAACAGUCAGUUUAAUUAUGGUAUGCAGCCACUUAUGUAUUCAGUUCAGGAAGCAUUAAAUGCCAGACCAUGGUGGAUUCGUAUGGGCACUGACAUUUGUUAUUACAAAAAUCACUUCUCAAGAAGUUCAGUUGCUACAGGUGGGCAAAAAGGAAAAUCGUACUAUACAAUUACAUUUACCGUGAACUUUCCACAUAAAGAUGAUGUUUGCUACUUUGCCUAUCACUACCCAUAUACAUAUUCUGCUUUGCAGAUGCAUCUUCAAAAGUUGGAAUCAGCACACAAUCCUCAGCAAAUCUAUUUUCGAAAAGAUGUGUUAUGUGAAACCUUGUCUGGAAACAGCUGUCCCUUGGUGACUAUAACAGCAAUGCCCGAGUCUAAUUAUUAUGAACAUAUCUGUCAGUUCAGAAAUCGCCCUUACAUUUUCUUAUCUGCUCGGGUGCAUCCUGGAGAAACUAAUGCAAGUUGGGUAAUGAAAGGAACAUUGGAGUAUCUCAUGAGUAAUAACCCUACUGCUCAGAGCUUACGAGAAUCUUACAUUUUUAAAAUUGUCCCUAUGCUAAACCCAGAUGGUGUCAUCAAUGGAAAUCAUCGCUGUUCUUUAAGUGGAGAGGAUUUGAACAGACAGUGGCAAAGUCCAAACCCAGAUUUGCAUCCUACAAUUUACCAUGCAAAGGGGCUACUACAAUACCUGGCUGCAGUGAAGCGUUUACCUCUAGUUUAUUGUGAUUAUCAUGGCCAUUCUCGAAAGAAGAAUGUAUUCAUGUAUGGUUGCAGUAUCAAAGAGACAGUGUGGCAUACCCGAGAUAAUGCAGCUUCAUGUGAUGUUGUGGAAGACAUGGGAUACAGGACUUUGCCUAAGAUACUGAGCCAUAUUGCUCCAGCAUUCUGCAUGAGCAGCUGUAGCUUUGUCGUGGAAAAAUCUAAAGAAUCCACAGCACGCGUUGUAAUUUGGCGUGAAAUAGGAGUACAAAGAAGCUAUACCAUGGAGAGUACUUUGUGUGGCUGUGAUCAGGGGAAGUACAAGGGUUUACAGAUUGGCACUCGAGAAUUAGAAGAGAUGGGAGCAAAAUUUUGUGUUGGUUUAUUGCGUUUGAAAAGACUGACUUCUCCACUGGAAUAUAAUCUGCCCUCCAACAUGCUUGACUUUGAAAAUGACUUAAUUGAAUCAAGCUGUAAAGUAACUAGCCCUACCACUUAUGUUUUGGAUGAAGAUGAACCUCGAUUCCUUGAAGAAGUUGAUUACAGUGCAGAAAGUAAUGAUGAGUUAGAUAUUGAAUCAGCUGAAAACGCAGGUGAUUAUGAACUUGCUCAAGAAGAAGCACUGUCUGACUCUGAAGCAUCAAGAACACACCCUUGACCCUUCAGCCAUCUCUUGUUAAUUGCCAAGAAGAAAUGAAUUAUCUUGGUUUUUAUUACACAGAAAACUUGAGACUUUUAGACAACUGACUCCAAAAAAGACAAAAAGUAACUUGGGCCUGUUUGGUUUCAAGACAAUAAAUAUAUUAUUAAUUCAUGAUA